CUGUCAGUUGAUUCAAGUAACGCGAUAAUAACACAUCACUAAAAUCUUAUUAGUGCGUUGGUGCGGACAUUUCUUUUCGUUGUAAAGCAAUUUGAAUUGAAAAAUAAAAUAUUUAAACGCCAUAAAAAUAUUGCUAAUUGUGUAAAUUAGUCGCUCAGUGUUACUUAAUAAAAUUUAUACAAGUGUUUACUAGUGAAAAAGUCAAACUAAAUUGUUGCAUGCGCAACACUUCUUGCUAAUCACAAGUACGUACAUAUAGCAAUCAGGUACCGACACACUCGUUCGCCUGUGAUGGCGUCCACUAGCAACUAAUCGGCAUUGAAUUAUUACAAAAAAAAAAUGUGUUAUUAAUUAUUUCAAGAAAUUGGCAAAAAACGUAUGAGUUUGGUGUUUGUGAAAAUACUGUGAAAAUUGAAUAUAAUUUGUGAGAAAUUAUUUUGUCUUGUGCGUUCAGUUAUAUACACAAAUACAUACAUUUUCCGCUGUGCUGUAUAAGUGCAGGAAUUUGGCGUCGGUGCCGUUUAUGCGGAACGUUGUGCCAAAGCAGACAUAAACACAAGGCAACAGAUAUUAUUUGGAAAACAAUUGAACAACUGACCAAUUGGCAAGCUUUCCAGCUUCGAAACGACUACAAUUGAGAAUAGCGAAAAAAAUUUCGCGUAAAUGCACCAAAUAAAUGUAAAUUUCUGCCAUAAAAUCAACUGAAUAUUACAAAUACACGAAGGAGUCAGUAUUAUCUACAGACAAACGACAGAAAAAUGCCACGAAAUGGCUGUGAGACGAAUGGAGGCGUUACCAGCGACGGUUGCGCUUAUCCCGAUGAGCUGAUCAUGGACCAAGGAGUCUCGUUCAAUGUGCGGUACACCGGCUGCGUGGAGGUGAAAACUUCAAUGAAAUUGCUGAACUUCGAAACGAGAACCAAAGUUGCGCGCGAAUGCAUCAAUCGUGUCUGUGAAGCGGCUGGGCUCAAAUCCGCGGGCAAGCGGCGUGUGGACAAGAAGAUACUGCACUACAUCUCCGAUCGGCCGCACAUGCAGAAUGCCGGCACGAAUGUCAUCAUCAAUGUGUCGAGUCGUGCGUUGGAUUUGGUGAACGCCGAGACGGGUCAACGCAUAGCCAGUCACAAUAUGCCACACAUAUCAUUUGCAUCCGGCGGUGAUUCGGACACUUUGGACUUUCUGGCUUAUAUCGCCAAGAAUGAGGACGAGUGGCGCGCUUGCUACGUGCUCGAGUGCAUCGGCGGACAGAGUGAAGACUUAAUAUUGACAAUCGGCAAAGCGUUUAUGCUGCGCUUUAAUGCAAUCAAACACUUGAAAACUCAAGCGGUUUUGAAUCUCAACACACCGGCGGAGAACACUAAAGACUACUACAAUGAUUUGCCCGACAAAUUGCCGCCGGAUUUGUUGAGCGAGAAUGAACUGCCACCGGAAUUACAAAAACAAUUGCUGCUGCAACAACAACAACUACAGCAACAACAAACACACUUACCUCAACACAAAGUCGGCCAGUUGAAUUUGAAGAAACCACGCGAUCGCCUAAGCAGUAAUCUCAUCGACUUGAAUAGUCCACCGCCAGAUCAGACGACCACCAAAAUGAAUCUCAGCAAUUUCGAUCCAAUGGCCGAUGCUGAGGGCGCUUGUGCGUUGCCGCAAGCACCCGUGCGUGAUGUCUUCGAUAUGCAACCCUUUUCACUCACCGCCGAAGUGCAACGCUCACAACUCAAUACCGAACUGUGGUUCCAUGUGGGCAUCAGCCGGCAAAUUGCCGAGGGUAUGCUUAAAAAUGAUGGCGAUUUUCUGGUACGCGAAUCGCAAGGUAAACAUGGCCAGUAUGUGCUUACCGGUUUGGAGGUGAAGACACCCAAACAUCUGCUGCUGAUCGAUCCUGAAGGUGUUGUGCGCACAAAGGAUCGCAUUUUCGAUAGCAUCAGUCAUUUGAUAAACUAUCAUUGGGCUAAUGCUUUGCCGAUUAUAUCCGAAGAUUCCGAAUUAGUAUUACGCAAUCCUGUGUUGCGACAAACUGCUGCACAACAACAACAACAAACCGCUAUUGCCGCACAUCAUCAUCAUCACGCGCAGCAGCAGCAGCAGCAACAACAGCAUGCUCACCAUGCACGUCCCGUGGUGAAUUCUUGAUGAUGAGCAGCCCACACGUGAGCCCGUGUAAAAUAUUGAGAUUUUCUAUUAAAGUAGCUUAUAGUAGUUAAUAAGUAAUUAGUUUUAAGUUGCAUGCAACAUGUACGAAACGCGGAAAAAAGUGUCUGUAUCCAGUAUGUAUUUUGUAUGUGUAAGUCAGUAGUAUUGGCAUAAUAUUUGAAAUUUUUUGAAAAUUAUUUUUUUAAUGUUUUGUUUAAUUGCUUUUAGUUUUUUGUUUAUUUUUGCUUUUUCAAACAUUUUAAGUUACAUAAUUUGAUUUUAUUAUCUAUUUUAUUUCAUUUAAAAAUAUAAAUUUAUAUUUUUUUAUUUUCAAUUUGUAGUUGAUUUUAUUGUAAUAAAUUCUGUGUAUUUAUAUUAAUGUAUAUUUUGAGUUCUUUUAUUUUUCACUUAUAUUUUUCUUUUUUUUUUUUGUUUUGAAAUAAUAUAAUAAACGGACGGCAGAUUCAGCAAAAUAUUCUUGACAGUUGCUAACGCAGUAUACGAGGUGUGUUCAAAAAUUGACGGGAAUUUUAAAAUUUCCAAAUGUCCUUCAGUGCAAUUGCAAAUUUUUUUACCAAAUUUAUUUAUAUCUUGCUAUUUUUUUUUAUCAAAACAUACAUAUCCCGCUUUAAAGCUCAAACACAGCGGUACUGACACAAUUCUGAGCAUAAAAGAUUAAAAUAAUUGAAAUAUUUAUUUAUAUACACAUAUUUUUAAGCCUAGCUGUAUGUAGACUAACAUAAUUUAAUAUAAAUAUAUUUACAUAGAAACUGCAUAUUCAAAUAAGUAUGUAUGACAGAUUUUUUUU